AUGAAUUCUUGUCCAAAGUACGAUCCACUUAAAGCUGAUGUUUGGGCUCUUGGAAUAACAUUUUAUUAUCUCCUUUACGGAAGGAGCCCAUACAAGGCUUCUACCGAAACUGAGCUUAAAAAGCAAAUUACUGAAGCUCAAAUAGUUAUCCCAGCUACUGUUGAUAAAAGAUUUACGAUUAUUCUAGGAAUGAUGCUUAAUCCAAAUCCUGAAGAGCGAUCGUCAGCCGCAGAUAUUUUAAAGGUGUUCAACACUAUACGUGUAAACAAGAGAGCGAAAUUUGCCAAUGUUAUUGAAACCCGAAAGCAAAACCAAAGAUUUAAGUCACAAGUUGUUGAGAGCCAACUAUUGGCUAGAAAAAUACCUUCAGGGCAUAGAAGAAAUAGUACAGUUAUACAAAGAAAUUAA